CACACAAACUAAGUUUUAUCAUUGGAGAUGCUAAAAAUAGAACAUACUCUAUGAUCAUGAACAGACCAAAGAAAACAAUGUCGGCGAAAGGUUCCCCUGCUAGUCAAAAGGAAGCAAACACUGAACUCUCAAUCUCCGAUCAACACAUUUCUUCUCUGACCCUCAGUUUUCUUCAAAGAUCUGGCAUGUUCAAACUCAUUCCUCAGAGUUGCAGCAAUAUCAGUGACUUCUAUUCUCAUUUCUUUGCAAAUUUCAUCAAGGUCAAUCUCAUCCAGCCUGGACGAAUCUCUUGCACUGUUUCUGUCAAACCUCAAAUCUCAAAUACUUAUGGAACACUACAUGGCGGGUGUGUUGGUUCUCUGGUUGAGUUGCUGUCAAUAGCGUGUGCUAGAACUGUUGUUUCCGAAGACAGAGAUCUUUUUCUUGGCGAAAUCAGCGUGUCAUAUCUCUCUGGGGCUCCAACCAAUGAAGAAGUUUUAGCUGACGCGUCGGUGGUGAAAAGUGGAAGAAAUGUGACUAUGGUUGCACUAGAGUUUAAACUGAAGAAGACUGGGAAUUUGAUUUAUGUUGCUCAUGCUACCUUCUACAACUUCCCAAUUGCAAAAUUAUGAAACAAUUAUCCUUCUGCUGAUUAUAUAGAAUGAUGUGCAAUGCAUUGCCAUAUCCUUCAAUAUUUAGUCUCAAAAUUGGGAAUGAAGUUUAUGAUACACCAAGUUCAAGAGUUUUGGAGAAAUUAAGGUGGUGAAGUAAUCACUUUUGACACCAUAUAAAGCAGAAAUAAAUAAAAAAAUACUCUUGGUUCACUUAAUCUAGACUAGACAGUGUUUUCAUGAGCAGGAUGGAGAUGUUUUUGUUGUAUGUGUUUGGUGGUGUAGUGUGCAGGCUCAUUGUGUACAAUAGACUAUGAUAAGAGGGCUGUCAUAUCACUAUUUGGUUUUCUUGA